AUGAAGAAGGAAACGAGCAACUCGCUUCCCGACAUCAACAGGGCCAGCACCGUCCCCGCCGCAGAGAGGUUUCACCACCGCAACCAGCAGCGAACGGUGCACCGCGUGUGCGGCAGUACGGUUGGGCACGACGGAUACCUCAAAAUGCUGCGGGGCGUGCGCAAGCACUUCCUCGACAAGCCAGAUCAAGAACCCACCGUCCAGCUGCCGCUAAUUCUGCAGCCGCAUCUUCCAUCCGAGGCGAAGGCGGCUGACGGGACCGCCUCCUUGCACUUCUCGCAAGGUCUGCGCUUCAAGUCAGAGAGGGGCCGCAUUGUGGCGCGCGAGCUGCGUAUACAGGAGCGGCAGACACCACUGGCCGCGCUGGAGGAGGAGGAGCGGCAGCACAUCAUGGACACGGAGGUGUGGGAGCUCCGCGUGCUGAACCAGAUGAUGAUAGUCAGCUACGUCACUUUCGUGCUGCGGGAUGAGAUGGACGAGUUGUACAACGAAGAGCGCGAGAAACGGGCGAAUCUUGUGUUCGAGGAGGACAAGGAGCGCUACUGGAUGCAGAAUGAGUCAGAGGCAAGCAAGCAGCUUAUCAGCUACAAGGCCGCCCUGCGCGCUAGGGAGGAGAAGCAGCGGCGACUGGAGGAGGCCGAGGCGUUGUAUCCGACGUGCGCCCCCAGCCGCUGCGGUUUCACCUGCCAACCACCGCAGGAUGGAACGGAUGCGCGGAAGAUCUUGCAGCGAUAUGUGCGGUUGAAGCAUGCCCUCGACAGCAGUGCGCCUUCUGCAGAAGCAAGUGAUCCCAAGAGGCCUGAGCAAAAAGAAGGAAAGCCGGGCUUUGCAGCGUCGAAUCAUCGGUCGACUGCUCGUCUGUCAAUGACUAACGGCUUGCGCAAUACGAUUGGUAUUGCGUCAUAUGUUGUCCUAUUGGAAAAAGAUGCUGAUUCUCGCAAGGUGAUUGCAGAAUGCGAACAAGGGGAGUACGAUAGUAUUAUGUCUCUUUUCAAAGAGGAGUUAUCCUUGAUGAGGGCAUGGCAGCACAGACGGUUGCACCUGGAGCGCCUGCUAUAUUGGCAGGGCCAGCGGGAGGAGCGACGGCAAGAGCUGCAGACCGCAUUGGAGGCCGAAGCAAUGAAAAGUUCUUUUAAGCUCGACUCAGAGUGUGGUGGGUGGAUUCAAAGCGAAGAAAAUGACCGAGGCAUUCUUCGAGUGGAGGAAGCGACCCGCCGCAAUUUGCUGCAGCAGAUGUACUGCGCGGCGACUCACCAAGUACUGCUGAAGAAACUGGAUGCUGAGGAGGACGAAGGUCGCUUUGAACUCGAAUACGACGAGACUAUUGCCCGCCAGGUUUGGCUGCAGCACCUGGAGUUGGCAGUGCGCGUCACGAUAGAGGAGGAGUGGGAGCGGUGCUUCGAGGAGAGCGUGCCCCAGCAGAUCAUACUGCUCAAGUUCCUUAACGAGGAGCAGAAGGCGCACGCGUGUCAGAUCGUCACAAUCCAGCGCGCCGUUCGCAACUGGAGGAGCGGGUGUCUAGGCUGGCGCUUCACCCACCGCGAUGUUGGGCGCAUCAUCCGGGCGAAGCGUGACGCUGAGAUGAUCGAGCGUGGGCGUGAGUCUCUUUGCGCAUUCAAGGCGUCUCUCAUGGCGGACUGCGACGCCGUGCGCGACGAGAUCUUCGCGAUCCACGACGCGGAGCGUGCGGACGUUUGCGAAAAAGAGUUCCAGCAUCGUGUCAUGAUUAACUCACAGGAGGAGUGGGGGGCGGCUGCAAUACGGCGUCAAGCGCAACAGGACAUCCUGCAGAACAUCAUCGCACCGCAAAUCGAGCGAUGCAUCAAGACAGAAGUCGACUGCCGUCGCGAGAUUGAUGUUGCCGGGGAAUUUGAAUCACUCCAAUUGUGCAACGUGUUCAGGCGUCUCAUUCGCAUCAUGCAGAUGAAGCAGUUGGCGGAGGGGUGGGAAGAAGGAGAACGUUUUACCAUCACAAGGGAUGAAGCACUGUCAUUCAAGGAAAUCCUUGAUACGGAACUGGACAAUCGUGAGCUCCUGCGUAUAACUGCACUGGAGCGCGAGGCAGAGCAGGAGGAGGAGCGCCACACACUGGCUGCAUCGCUGCUCCGCACCAAGUCUGAGGAGCAGCAGCUGUAUGGGGGGAAAAUCCAACAGCUCAUAUGGAGAUGUAGGGCGGGUGCCUUGGAGCUGGAGGCGAGCAAUCCAUCCCUCCGAGCUUCACUUCUGCAGAGCUAUCUGGUAGGAAAGCUGCAGCUGUACGAGGAGGCGAGUCUGCUCUUCCUCGCUGAAUUCGCAGUUACACUGCAAAACCGCUACAGUGAUCUCGUCUUCACUGGUCUCCGCGACCUUUUGAUGGAGGAUGAGAAACUCGCUCGGCGCAGCAUUGUGCAGACGGAGAGAAGCGCAUGGCCUACUGUUGUUGAUGAGGCGAACCGAAAUGCAUCCGAACAGCUGCGUUGGCUCAAUAGGCAGACUGCAGCUGCGAACACCAUCAAGAGUUUCUACCGCCGCUAUAAGAGUGGGACUGUGGGCGCAUCAGGUAUGCGGAACUACCUACAAGAAAUGUACGCGUUCAAGCGCGAGAAAAAGGAACUGGGGGAGAUCCGCCAGUUGCAGCGCCAGGAUGUACAACGCUGCAAAGAGGAGCUGCAAAUGGCGAUGCAGGAGGCCGCCUUAGAAAGGCAAAAGGAAAUUGGGUUCAAGCUGCAGGUGUUGGCAGACAAAACAGAGCCGAGGGCGCGUGCCGACGUGGAGAAGCUGGAAGAUAUCAUGUUCAACGUGAUGUUGCGUAACUUAGGCACAAAUGGCUAUUACCAGGCCACAGAUGGCGUGGCUGUUCUUUGGCAGUUUGAAUCAUACGAUCGGGUCCGUAUCAUGCGAGAGUGGCGGCGGGCCUUCGAGGACGUGUUUGAACCAAAGAAAUCGACUUUCGUAUUGGAUAUUUUGAUCGGCAAACUGCAGCGGUCCUGGCGCUGCCGUGUGGCAAGAAGAAAACAUAUGACAGUGAUAAAAGAAGGCAUGAAACAGCUUGUGCGGGAGGAGUCAGAGGCUCGCGUGAAAAUUGAGCUGAAGGAAAUGGACGGAUAUGCAUGUACUGUAAUGAAGCCCAUGGAAGGAUGCGCGUUGCUUCGAGGUUACUUAACCAGUGAUGUGCCUCGCUUUCUCAAUCACAUGUGCUUUGAUAUUGCCUAUACCAACGGUAUCCAGGAGGAAGAGUGGCGUAAUCGCAUGCUCCUGCUCUGGAAAAUGCGUCACCACUACUUUGACACGACAGUAUCAUCGGAGGAGGCUUCGACGCGUGAAGCGCUACAACAAACCUACUUCUUCGAUGGUGUCGACCAGGUGGCUCUGACUGAAGAUGAAGGGACGCUACGCGAUGCAUUAUGGAAUGAGCGUAUCUUUUUCCUCCUUCGGAUGCUGGUGAAGGCGGAGCGCGAACGUCGUGGUAUUCUUGAGUUUGAAUCAAGCAAAGACCGAUUGGACAUAUCCGAAUGCCAGGCUCGAGGGUCUCUCUACAAGGACUACUACGAGCUGCUUGCAAAUCCUAUAUGUAACCUUUUUGCAACUGAACAAGCGACAACUAUCGUGGAGGAAGAGAUUCGCGCGCGGCAUUCUAUCAAGGGGCUCACCAAGACAAUCCUCAACCAACCACAUUCCACCGGAAUCAAUUGUGGCGACAGAACAUGUACGAACAACGUUCCUAAUUCUACAACAACAAACAGACGGAACUCCGAUGAAGCUGCCGAAACCAACAUAUUAACAGUACUAGAAGUACCACUGACAGUGAAUAUGGAGAUCAUCCAACCAAUGACACAAGAGAUUGCUCAGAAAAGCCUUGCGGUGGAUGAAGCCGACGCUGCCAGCGCUCCCCGUGUUGAAGCAGAGGCGGUGGCGCCCCUCUCGGCAGACGCUGCCCCAGAGGUUACUGUGCCGGUGGCGGGGUAUGAUGGUGUAAAAUCUGUUGGGGUCGUUAGUGCUGGUGCUCUCGUGUAUCAUGUGACUGUCGAGGAUAAUAGUAUGGAAUGCGAAGGCGUAGGCGAGCAAGGGGAUGAUGAACUUAGUGGAUUCUCUCCUGGCCGUCCCCCGGCAGGUGUGCUUCCAAGUUUUCAGGGGUGCCUUGUUGUUAGUUCUACUGAAGAAAGUGGUACUUUCGAGGAGGAUGAAGAAUAUGAGGAAGCUGAGGAAGACUCUUUAGGUUCUGAAUGA